UUUUGCAGAACUCUCAUUAAUUAAAUUUUCUUUUCUUCAAGACAGGAGCACAACUUGGUGAUGCCACGAUUCGUCCAUGGGAACCAGAAAGACAUCUAAGUUUCAUGAAAUCCCGUAAAAACCCAACAGAAAAUCGAUAUUUUCAUAUUACCUCUAAGGUAUUCUUGUAAUUUCAUGCCAUCUACGAAACUUCUUGUCCAUUCUCUUCAAAUAAAUAACAAUUAAUUGUCAGGCAUGAGUGGCAUCUGUUUAUGACCCUGGUUUUUUUUUUUUUUCUUUAUUAUCCAAACAGCCCUUGGUACUUCAAAUUUCGAAGCCUCCAAGAAUCUUUAACUUCCCAGAAUUUGUAACACAAGAAACAGAAACAUAGUUGAAAAUUCAACACAAUUACCGUGACUUUGAAGAAGGGAUAGAGAUAGACGCAUAAGUCUUCGAUUUUUUGAGCUGCUAGAACACUUCCGUCAUCGGCUUUAUCGAUUGUUUGAUUGCGCAGAAAAUCUGGUUCAAACAUAAUAAUUAUCUCUUGAGUUGAAGUAUUGGGUAAGAAUUCUUUUUGGGGAUUAUUUGAUUGGAAACAAAGAUUAGUCUGUGAAUUUGAAUAGGGUAUAGUUCAUUUUUGUAAAAUUUUGAGAGGUUCUUAGUAGAUCAAUGAAAUGAAUGUGGUGGGAAAAGUUGGGAACCUGUUCACCCCGUUUCAUCCCUUUGGUGGUGCUGUUGAUGUGAUUGUAGUUCAGCAGCAAGAUGGGACUUUUCAAAGCACACCUUGGUAUGUGCGGUUUGGUAAAUUUCAGGGUGUUCUGAAAGGAGCUGAGAAGUUUGUCCGCAUAAGUGUCAAUGGUGUUGAAGCUAAUUUUCGUAUGUAUCUUGAUAAUUCUGGGGAAGCAUAUUUUACUAGGGAGGUUGAUUCUGGUAAAAGUAGUGAGGCAGAUGGAAACAUAGAAGCUAAUUCUAAUGGCAAUGGUUUUCUUGAUGGUAAAAUUGAUAAUAGAAUUGAGGUUUGUAGACUUGAACAUAGUGUAUCUGAUUCUGGGGUGACUCUAUUGCGAGAUGAGCGUGAUUCCUCUGCUGCAGAUAGACUUCAGAGAGCAGAAUCUGAUGGGGAUCGAGGGUUUUAUGAAUUUCAAGAGGAGCAAUCCUCUUUGGAAGGUUCAGCUGAGUUAUCAGAUUAUGGAUCUAAUCAGUAUGAGAGUUUAGAUGGUGAGAAUUAUCGGGAAUCACAGGGCUCAGAUUCAGAAGUUAUCUUGUUUAGUGUUGAUGGCCACGUACUGACGGCUCCCGUGUUGGCAUCAGAACAGUCUACUGAGAAUGUGCAACUAAGUGCACCUCAAUCUCAUUUGGGCCCAGCUGAUGGGGCUGACGUUUGUGAGGGCAAUGGGGAGUGUAGUUCAAGUGAUAAUACAUGGGCUGAUGAUUAUAUUAGCAAAUUGAAUUCAUCUACAGCUGAUAUGGCUUUUACAGAAGAGAUGGACACAUCAUUGGAGGUUCAGAGUUCUCAGGAUCAAUUUCUUGAAAAUCAUUUAAUUGGUAAUGAAACUGAAGAUGCAUGUAAAAUUUCCCCCCCAUCCAUAUCUGAUUCUCCUGCCAACAGCAGGUCUCCAAAUCUACAGGUGGAAGGAAAUCUAGCUGAGAACGUGGCAGUGGAUUCAGGGAGAAUUGAUCACUCAAGUGAAUCUAUUGAUCCUGUUGUUACUGACCCAGAGCGGAUUGAUGAACAAUUUGGUAAAUCAGAAGCUGUCGAAGGAAUAGACAAUUAUUCUGGAAUACCUGUGCCCACAGAUGAAUGCUGUAAAAGCACAACUUCUGGUGAAGAAAAUUUAUCAGGCAUAACAGGGUUUGAGAUAUCACUCUGUGGGAAUGAACUGCAUGCAGGGAUGGGCUUGGAUCCUGCAGCUGAAGCCUUUGAUUCACAUCGCAUAUCAGAAGAUGAAUUCAGAAGCAAUGCAGCUUCAAUUACUAAGAAUGGAAACUUAGUUGUCAGAUUUAGAGAGAGGUACUUAUUGUGGGAAAAAGCUGCUCCUUUUGUUCUUGGAAUGGCUGCAUUUGGCAUAGAAUUACCUGUUGACCCAAAGGACACAGUUCCGGUGGAACAGGAGGAUACACAGAAGUCUAAGGAUGAUGAAUCUGGAAUUACAUCUACUCCUUCUGGUCGCAGGUGGAGGCUCUGGCCUAAUCCAUUUAGAAGAGUCAAAACACUUGAGCACACCAGCAGUAAUGCAUCAAGCGAGGAGGUAUUUGUCGAUACUGAAUCUGGUUCACUGAACUUAGAAGAUGCUCCAACAUCUGAUGGCAAUGUUGAGGGUCCUAACAAACAAUUUAUUAGGACAAAUCUUCCCACUAAUGAGCAGAUAGCAUCUUUGAACUUAAAAGAUGGUCAAAAUAUGAUUACUUUCAGUUUUUCUACCAGAGUUCUGGGAACACAACAGGUUAAUGCUCAUAUUUACUUGUGGAAGUGGAAUGCUCGAAUUGUAAUUUCAGAUGUUGAUGGAACAAUUACCAAGUCAGAUGUUUUAGGCCAGUUUAUGCCUUUGGUUGGAAGGGAUUGGACUCAAUCUGGUGUAGCAAAACUUUUUUCAGCUAUCAAGGAAAAUGGAUAUCAGCUACUAUUUCUGAGUGCACGUGCUAUUGUUCAGGCAUACCUAACCAGAAGCUUUUUGCUGAAUCUGAAGCAGGAUGGAAAGGCUUUACCCAGUGGACCUGUUGUUAUUUCACCAGAUGGACUAUUUCCAUCAUUGUACCGUGAAGUGAUAAGAAGAGCCCCUCAUGAAUUUAAGAUUGCUUGUCUAGAGGAUAUUAAAAAACUCUUCCCAUCUGACUACAAUCCCUUUUAUGCGGGGUUUGGUAAUAGAGAUACUGAUGAACUCAGUUACAAGAAAAUUGGCAUCCCAAAGGGGAAAAUUUUUAUCAUUAACCCUAAGGGCGAAGUGGCCAAUAGUCAUCGCAUUGAUGUUAAGUCAUACACAUCUUUACAUAAGCUUGCCAAUGACAUGUUUCCCCCGGCCUCUUUGCUUGAGCAGGAAGAUUAUAACUCAUGGAACUUUUGGAAAGUUCCAUUGCCUGAUAUUGAGAUUUAGUCAAUUCAUUUUGGGGUCAGUUGCCGGAAAUCAAUUUGUACAAUGGCGAAUGAAGAUGCCGAUUGGUUGCUGGAAAUCGCUUGCGAAAUGCAGAUCAUACUGAGAUUCUUCCUGUGCACAAUCUUCACACGGAUAUGAAUUUGAUAAUAGUGAUUGGCCCAUUUAUGUUACAUUGUGACGGCUUUAUGAUUUGUAUACUUCAUCUCAGACUGUAAGAUAGUCAAUGAAUCUAAAGCUCUCAUUCACAAUAAAA